AUGGAUAUACUAGAUCCAUUUUUAUAUGAGAUAGCACUGAAUCAUCCGGGAAAACCCUGGUCUAGUUGCAAGAGCACUAGAGAUGAUAUCAUUGCAUUUGUAAGCCAGAGGUCUUGUGAAGAGGAGCUGCGGCGUUUGGGACGCAAAGUUAGGCAGCUAAUGCUAUGGGCCCUGGACUAUCAAGGCCGCAUAGAUGCAGCAAGGCCUAAUCUAGCUAAUGAUGUACGUGCGGCGGAGUGGAAUUCUAUAUACACUGGUUUGACAAAGACAGCUUGUCGCCCAUGGAGGCAAUGGAAUUGUGGCCUAUUAGACGCCUUGAAAUCUACAUUGAAAUAUGUACAUCAAAGUGCUGAUUUCGAUAGAAUCCUUGUGGUACAAUGGCCAGAGAUGGUUGUCCGCACCAACUGCACUUGGGCAGAUAUCCAGCCGGUUCCCAUAUUUUGGGAACCCGACUCAGGUGAUGAGGAGGAGUUCCCCCAGAUGGAAGAAGAAAUUGAAAAUGAGCUGGAUAGAGACUUUUUUGGACUUUUGAUCUCAUGA